GAGAUUUAUACUCUGGUUUUGGGUUUGUAUUUGUUUGGCUAAGGGUUCAUCUGAUUGUUUAUUGUUUAAUUAAGUCUAUUAUUUUUAACUGUUCACCUUUUAUAUAUUGAAUCUCUGUUUUAGUAAAAAAUGGCAAGUCUUUAUGAAGAUGUGCGCCUUUACCGUAAUUCACGAGAAAGAGAAAUGUAUGAUAAUUUGGCUGAUUUAUAUGCAGUUGUCAAUACGCUUCAAUGUUUGGAAAAGGCAAUAAUCAAGGAUGCUGUUUCACCCAAAGAAUAUGACGCCUGUUGUGAAAAAUUACUAGUUCAAUAUCAAGCUGCCUUCAAACAAAUACAAGAUGAAUUCCAAACCAUUGAGGCUUUCAUGAAGAAAUAUCGUUUCGACUGUCCACUUGCUUUGGCUCGAAUCAAAGAAGGAAAACCAAUUGCCCUGAAAGAUGACAAGAAUAAAUGUAUCGCUGAUAUAACAUCUCUCUAUAUCACCAUUCAAGAUAAAUUACGUUUGAAUUACAAAUCUACGGAUGAACUUCAACCUGAUCUUUUGGCUUUACUGGAAACAAUGAAUCGUCUUUCCAUACUUCCUCCUGAUUUCGAAGGUAAAACUAAAAUACAAGACUGGCUUAAAGUUUUCUCAUCCAUGUCAGCUUCGGAUGAACUUAAUGAUUCUCAAGUUCGACAAUUAAUUUUUGAUCUGGAAACGGGAUUCACUGGUUUUAAUAAAUUAUUGUAUGAACCCUAAUUUUCUCACUGUUGAAGUUUAUUCCUGAAAGGAGCGAUUUGAGAAAAGAUUGUAAAGGAACAAUAUAAAAAAGUGAAACAAACAAAAUUUUAUUGGUUUUUAUUUAAAAACAAACAGAUGUUUUCUUUGUAAAACGAGUAUGAUGGAACUUUAUGCUUCUCAUUUCACAUUUAAACAUUAAAAAACUUGAUUGUAACCGGAAGAAAACAAGGAUGAUAUAAACAUAAAUGCACUUGCAUCACUCUUUGUAAACAGUUUUGUGGUAAAAUUUUGUGAUGACGAUUGUAUUGAAAUGAAAACGUCAGUAAAAGCUUUGAAUUAAUUUUAACCAUCAAAGGCAGCUCCAAAAUUGCCACUUAGUUCCAUUCAUUAAUUCAAUUCCAACUUUAGUUGCUUAAUGAAACGAAAAAUAAACCAAAAAAUUUUUUAACAAUGGA